AUGGCAGAAAAAAAGUCCCUUAACGAAUUGCUCAAGUGGUCAAUCAUUAACCAGGCCACCGAGAAGGAGGAUGCCUCCCCCAGAAGCUCCACCAUCAAACCCAUGGAGAAGAUGGAUCCCGGUCUUAUCGAGGCCAUUCUCGGAAAGAGCGAAUCGCAGAUGAUGCUCGAGGCUCUUCAGGUCAUCAAAAACCCUCACUCAACCGACGACGAGAAGGAUUUGGCCUGGGAGGAUUUCGAGAUGUUGAUCCAGCAGAUCGACAACGCUUGCAACGUUGAGAACAUGAAGAUGUGGCCACCAAUCUUGGAGGAAUUGAAGAGCACCAACCCCAAAUACAGAGAGCAGGCUGCAUGGGUCUGCGGAACCGCAACCCAGAACAACCCCAAGGCACAGGCUGCUUUCUUGAAGGAGGGUGGUAUCCAGCCUGUCAUUGGCUUGUUGGCCGAUCCUGAGCCAUAUGUUCGCGCCAAGGCCAUCUAUGCAUUGUCAGGAGCCAUCAAGCAUUUUGAGCCAGCAUUGGAGGAAUUCAAGGCUGUCGGAGGAUACAAGACCUUGGUCGACAUCUUGAAGACCGACUCCCGUAAGUCAAUCAGGACAGCAGUUCGAGGAUAUCUUUCAACCAGCAUGAACAUGGAGCUUAUGAGCAAUCAGUUGGCUAACCACGCGGCACCUUUCUUCCCCUCUGCUUCCCCGGCACUCAUAAUAGACCUCACAUUGGUCCGCAAAGUUGUUUUCUUGAUGAACACGCUUCUCAUUCAGGACCCCUCCAGCAGCUCAGCGUUGGUCGACUUGGAGCUCAUCCAGACAUUUGGCGCGCUCUUGAAAAAGCACAUGGACGACGAGGAUCUUGUUGAAAAGACCUUGGUUGCCUUGAAGACUUUCUUUGACAAUGCCUCGACCCCUGUCCCAUCAGCAACACUCGACUCAAUCCGUCCACAGGUUCUGGAAGCAAAAGAGAAAUAUGCCGACUAUAUCCUCGACAAGGCGUCAUGGGCUGACCUCGAGAAGAGAAUCGCAUAG